CGUAAUUUCAUCAACAUAUUGUGCUUCUUGUCCUUGCGCGAUGUUUAUUACCGUCAGUUGCUACUAGAUGCUAAUUCUCCAUUGAAUGUGUGUUUUUACAAAUACAUAUCUGGUAAGGAAAAAUGGCGAUUUUCUUAGGAAGUCUCUUGUUGGAUAUCUUGGGCGUAAUCACCGCAAUCGUAGUAAUAACCUUCGCCUACUUUAAAUGGUCUUUCCAAUACUGGAGCAGAAAAAAUUUACCUUACAUAGAACCAUCCAUCCCCUUUGGCAGUUUUCCUAACCCCUUGAGUACCAGGAAAUCGUUGUGCGAGAUUCUACGAGAAAUGUACGACACUGCCCGAGCAAAAGGUUGGAGAUCGUGUGGUGUAUAUGACACUGCUAGACCUGCAGUCUUAAUAGUUGAUCUGGAAUUGGCGAAACAUGUGAUGACGAAGGAUUUCAACCAUUUUGUGGACAGAGGACAGUAUGUAAAUGAUAGAGACGACCCAUUAGGAAGUCAUCUCUUCGCAAUUGGAGGUAAGAAAUGGAGGAAUCUGAGGGUCAAAGUUACCCCCACCUUUACUUCCGGCAAGCUGAAGGCUAUGUUCCAGACUUUGGCGGACUGUGGAGUUAUCCUUGAGAAGUUCUUUCAAGAAACUUUCGAGAAAGAGGAAUCUGUGGACAUUAAAGACGUAUUUGGCCGCUUCACCACUGACAUCAUCGGUUCCUGUGCUUUUGGUUUGGAGUGCAACAGCUUCAAGGAACCGAAUUCGCCUUUCCGGGUGUACGGGCAGAAAGUUUUCAAUCUUACCAAAUGGAAAAUCCUUGAAUUUGCGAUUGCGUCCAACUUUCCUGCGCUUGGAAGGUUCCUAAAAAUUCGAUCGGUCGAUAAGGACAUUUCGGACUUCUUCAUGAAAGUCGUCGAGGAUGCAGUUGCCUACAGGGAAAAGAACAACGUUAGAAGGAACGAUGUCUUGCAGCUGCUUAUAGACAUAAAAAAUAACAAGGAAGGUCAGGAGGGCGGGUAUAAAGGUGACGGUAAAACCCUGAAUAUGGACGAACUAGCAGCACAGUGCUUCGUCUUCUUCAUAGCAGGUUUUGAAACCAGUUCCACCACCGCCACCUUUGUCUUGUACGAACUGGCCACUCAUCAGGACAUCCAAGACAAAGUCCGAGAAGAAAUCCGUACGGUCCUAGCCAAGCAUGACAACAAAAUCACGUACGAUUCACUUAGCGAGUUGACGUACAUGAGACAAGUUAUUGACGAGGCACUGAGGAUGUACCCACCACUUUCGUUCGUAAACAGAGAAUGCGUGGAGGACUAUAAGGUACCUGGGGAAGAUCUGGUGAUUGAAAAAGGCACUCUGAUAUUCAUUCCGAUCGUGGGAUACCACUAUGAUAAAGAAUAUUACGAUAAUCCCAACAAAUUCGAUCCGGAGAGGUUCACAGAGGAAAAUAAGAGGACCAGACAUCCUUACGCUCACAUUCCCUUCGGGGAAGGGCCUAGAGUGUGCAUUGGUGAAAGAUUCGGCAUCAUGCAAACUAAAGUGGGCCUAACCUCAAUCCUAAGAAAUUUUAGGGUAACUUUGAACAAGGAAACUCAGGUGCCUCUAAUGUUAUCUCCUACGGCUUUCAUCACUACCGCUGAGGGUGGAAUUUGGUUAAACGUUGAAAAAGUCUAAAAUUUGAAUAUUUUUGAUGUCACCUUUAGACUAUCCAAAUGGGAUAUAGCAAACUUACUCAAAUUGAUAUAUAAUAUAUGUAUUUAAAAACUG